UGUGAUUUAAUGUGGAAAACAACAACAACAAUGUUUAAAUAGAUUUUGUGGGCCGCUUUGUGCGGCGGUAGUCUUGAAGAAGUGCGUAGGUCCUGUGACGCGUUAUUUAAAAAGAAACUCCUAGUUUUUUUUCUGUGUUACGUGUUUUAUGUUUGUAAAAUUUUUAAUCAAUUAUUGAUAAUAUAUAAUUAUUGUCUUGUGUAUUGUAUACGCGUAUUUGUUUUAAACCAACAACCUAUAACCAAUAUAUAAAAAUAUAAGAUAAUUUUAUCAUUGCUUUUACUAAAAUGAGUUUAAUAUAUUUAACCUUGAAGAUAUUCAUAUUGAUUGAAUGUAUCCUCUUACACUUCUCGUUCGCAUCACGUUUUCCAGGUGAAACAAUACCAACACGAGUUGAAAUUGGUAUUGGCGGAAGUGCUAAUAUUACGUGUCGAAUGAAUUUGGAAGUAUUUCAGGGAAAGGACAGUUCCUCGUUAACUUUUGUUGAAGAGCAAACGGGUCUGCCAGUACCCCGCAGCCAUAUUGCAAUUAUAAAUGAAACAACAAUUGUUUAUAUGCUGCGCAAUGCGGCGGCACAAAAUACUAAGUAUCUCUGUAAGAGUGGAAAGAAUGGUGGCAUUGGUGUGACGCAUGUGUCAGUGGGUACUGCUCCGCUUGAUGUCAAGGAUUUCAAAUGUCGCGGUUAUGAUUACUCGUAUAUGAUAUGCAAAUUUACGAUACCAGAAAACAAUCUUCUAACUCAAUACACACUUAAUUAUACUACAACAACACUUUGGAAAGAAUCUUAUAUUGAUAAAAAUGGCACACGUCUUUAUCGAAUGCAUUAUUUACCGCAGAAUUAUGUACAACGCUGUGAAUUGGAAAUUCAUGGCAAAGAAGUCACUUGCAAAUUGUCAAAAGUGGAUCGCAAUUAUCGGUCGUCUUAUGAGUUCUUCAAAUUUGCAUUGUUCGGUAUUAAUGCAAUCGGUUCAAACCUUCAAAGUCUUGAGAUAAACAAUUAUGAGAGUGUCAUACCUGCUUACCCUGAGUUUAAGGUUGUAAAUAUUACGACAAAUAGUGCAAAUUUAACAUGGCGUGUGGUCAUGUUCAGUUUUUAUGCUAAAAAGGGUUUAGAAUAUGAAGUACUUUUACGUCCAGAGAAUUUCGGUUGGUCAAAUCAUACGGAUUAUGAGGUGCAUUCAAGAGGUAUGGAUUAUAGUUUACUACUGAGAAACCUUCCAUACGCGUACACUAAAUAUAACGUCAGUUUACGAAUAAGAGUUGUAUCACGACAUAGUGACGACACUAUGUGGAGUGAGCUUUAUAUGCAAAGUUUUGAAACUCUACCACGUAUACCAGAUGCACCACCAAAAACAGAUAAUGGUAGCUUUUUUAUUGAUCCUAAUGAGACCCGUGUGCGUUUGUAUUGGCAACAACUACCAAAUUAUCGGUAUAACGGCCCACAUUUCGAAUAUAUUAUUGAAACAAAGCGUAAUGGUUACAAUAUUGAUUUGAAGCCCUUGUCAAUUGAUAACACUUCUGCAAUUUUCCCCUGGAAAAAAGAACAUCAAUAUGAGUUUGUAAUCAAAAGUCGUAAUAAUGUUGGUGAAUCAUUGGAAAGCAGCCAAAUAAUAGUUCCAGCAUGGCCAGAUUCGUAUAAAUUAAAUUCUCCCAAAUGGAUUAGAAAUAUAUAUCAUGCAGCUAAUCGUACUUAUACGCUGUCAUGGAGUGCACCUGCAAAUAUAACCAAUUUAGUCGAUUAUACGGUUUUUUGGUGUCCAUCCAAACCGAAUGUACUGAACGAAUGCAAAGGGUCGUUACAUUUUGAGCAUGUUAAUAAAUAUGAGACAAAAUUCACUACUGCACCUCAGCAUCGAGAUCAAGAGCAUAUACUUAAUUUAGCUGUAUCUGCAAAUUAUAUUGAUACAAAUAUGGGUAUGCAUUGGACAAUGUGUACUGCAGAUGUAACAAGUGAUUUGGAAAAUUUGGAACCGGAAAUGACUGCUAUAUCUGCUCGUACUAUACAAUUAGAUUGGAGUCCAGAUCGUGUGUGUUCAUCCUUAAUUGAGGGUUAUAAUAUCACUUACUGUAAAGUCAAACGUAAUGUUAAUAUUACAUUGGAAUCAGAUAAAUGUUUAAAUGAAAAUGUAACAAUCACCGUUGAGAAAACUGCUAAAAAAUUUAUACUUACUAAUCUGACUCCAUAUUCAACUUAUAAAAUAGAAAUGUUUAUGUUUUCUAAACUGAAAAAUGGUAAAAGUAGCGAUGCCAAAAUAAUAACAACAAAAGAAGAAGCACCUUCAGCUCCACGAAAUUUACUGUGUGGGAAUAGGACAAGUAAUUCAGCUUGGCUAUCUUGGUUACAUCCUGAGCACUUCAAUGGAAAUUUAACUUCUUAUACAAUUGUUUUAAAAAGUAAAAAUCAUGUUAUGAAUUAUUCUGUUGAAGCUUUAAAUGGCUUAGCUAAAUUAAAUGAGACAAUUACAUUUAAUCUGAAGGACUUAAGCAGUUUUACUAACUACACUGUAUAUGUAACAGCACAUACAGUAGAAGCGUCUUUGCCUAGUAAUAUAAUAAAUUUCCAAACGUUAAUAGGAAUACCGUCAAAACCCUUACACAUGACCGCUGUAGAAAAUAAUCGCACUGUUAUGCAUUGGUCGAAGCCGGAGAAACCUUCAGGACGUGUUGAAUUCUAUGAAGUAUCUGUUAAAGUUUGGCAUAAAGAUCAAUUACAAAAACAACGUAUAUCUACUGUAAUAGGAACGGAAUCAUGUGUAAUUAAUAUGCCAAUGUGUAAAGAUGCAGAUUAUAAGCAUACGUUAGAAGUACGUGCGGUAAAUGUGGCUUCUGAUAGUGAAAUUGAUCAACAAAUUUUUAUUGAUAAUAAUACGGAAGAUGAAAAUAUCUAUGAAGGCAACAAUGAACUUGUUUGUAUCGCAACAGGAAAAUUACAGUCAGCAAGUGAGUUUAAUGCGCUUUCACUUAGUUAUCGUGGCGUGAAAAAUCGUGUAUACUACAAGUCAGUUUGGGAAAAAGGGCCGUUUUAUGGUUGUGCAGCUACAUCGAAACUGAGUACCGAUACUAUGUGGGCUCUUGGUAGCACGUUCAUUUUAUUGAUGACAUUAACUUUAGUUUAUAUGCUGCACGAUAAAUGUAGUAAAAUGAAAAAUAUCAAGUGUACAUUACCAAGUGGCUUAGCUGAAAUUGGUGUUUAUCCAACAAAAGGAGCUGCCGAUCAUAGUGUAUUGAAUAAUGAUAUAGCUGAUAAAAUAAUUGAAAAGACACCAUUUAGUAAUUUUCAUACUUUGCAUGAUGAUUUACCAUUUAAUAAUGAACAUCAUCACUUGCUCUCCUCUAUGUGUAACGAUUCUGGAUAUUUGGGUGAUGCAGUUGCUGGUUUGAGUAGCACAGCAGGUAUUAGUACCAGUAGCAACGAUACUGUUGAUGAUAAUUGUGCAAAUUAUGUUCCAAAUGAAGAAUUUACCGUAAUGGAGCAAAAUUUACCAACAAGUAGUGAUGCUUAUAUGGUGAUGGAAAUGAUUAAAGCAAACGAUGACAGAAUGCACAUAGAUAAUCCUUAUGUACCACCCGAUGCUAGUUUAGAAUCAGAUUUGGCACCAAUAUCGAUUAGCUCAAAUAUUGGAUUUAUACCUACUGAUAAUAACUAUGUUAAACCAAAUCAAAAACUCAAUUGGCAACAAACACCAACAAAAUCUAUACCAACUACUGAAUUUCCUAUUGACAGCUUAUCAAUUAAUGAAACAGGCUAUGUUCGACCGGAUCAAUUGCAAAAGGAUGCAUACGAAAGAAAUUCUUUAAUAAAUGCCACACAACAAAACGAAAUUAAACCCACUCUACAAGCACCCACAUCACCGCUUCAAAAUGUGAACAUAGAUAUAGCAAUGCCGCCCAUAUCGGGUUAUGUAACACCAAAGGAACUAUCUGCAUAUUUUCAACAACAACGUAUAAGUUGAAUUUAAAAAAAAUAUCAUUAAAAUUUGUUUAAAUACCAUUAAAAAUUUUUAUUUUAAACAAAUAUUUUAAUUGUAAUUUCAAACAAGACUUAUGCCAUGUUCAGACAUAAUAUGCAAAACAUUACUAAAUUGAUAAUCAAAUGUUAUUAAAAGUAAAUUAAUUAUUUUAAAGUGAAAAAUUAACAAAAUAUUUGAAUUGUGUCUCUGAAUUCUUAACAUUUUCAUCAGAUAAUCUUUUAAAAGCACUAACAACUUUUU